UUACAUGGUGGACUUUCAAGGGCAACGUAUUCAUCCUUAAACGUCAACAUUUCUGUUAGGAUUUAGAGGUGUCGGUGUCGAUAUUUUAGGACUUUUUCUCAAUAAAUUAGAAAACUCCUUAAUAAAUAUUAAUUAGAAUGUUCGAUACCAUAAGGAGUACGGCCAGUUUCAAAAUGUCUGUAGUAUUAUUUCUGUUGGUUACCUGUUUACUUUAUAAUCCUACAGAUAGUGGGGCAGUCCACCUCACUCAACAAAAUGUAGACAUGACCCUAGCUUCUAAUGAAUUAGUUUUCAUAAAUUUCUAUGCUGAUUGGUGUAGAUUCAGUAAUCUGCUGAUGCCUAUUUUUGAUGAAGCUGCUGAAGCUGUAGCCAAAGAAUUUCCUGAAGCUGGCAGGGUUGUUAUGGCCAAAGUUGACUGUGAUAAGGAAAGUUCUAUAUCAAGUAGGUUCCAUAUAACCAAGUAUCCCACAUUGAAGGUAGUGAGAAAUGGACAACCUGCUAAGAGGGAAUACCGUGGGCAAAGGUCUGUAGAAGCUUUUACAAGUUUCAUUAAAAAACAGUUGGAGGAUCCCACUAAGGAGUUCAAGGAGUUGAGAGAGUUGGGAGAGCUGGAAUCCAACAAGAGAAUCAUUAUAGGUUAUUUCGACAGACGCGAUCAACCGGAAUACAGCACCUUCCGACGAGUCGCCACCAAUCUAAAGGACGACUGUCAAUUCCACGUGGGCUUCGAUGAGGCCGCACGUCAAAUGCACCCCCCUGGUCAACCUAUCGUCGUCUUCAGACCAGACAAAGACCGCUCCAAUGACAUGGAUGAAACUUACCCUGGCAGCCUCAACAAUUUCGACGAGCUGCACGUGUGGGUAUCAGAGAAAUGCGUUCCUCUAGUCAGAGAGAUCACUUUCGAAAACGCAGAAGAACUCACCGAAGAGGGUUUGCCCUUCUUGAUAUUGUUCCAUGCGCCGGAAGACACGGAGAGUAUCAAAAGAUACAACAAACUGGUGCAGACCGAUUUGUUGUCGGAAAAGCAAACCAUCAAUUUUUUGACGGCCGACGGCAAAAAAUUCGCCCAUCCGCUGCACCAUCUCGGCAAGAGCGACAAAGACUUGCCGCUGAUCGCCAUCGACAGUUUCCGGCACAUGUAUCUCUUCCCGGACUACAAGGACAUCGAAACGCCCGGAAAACUGAAGCAAUUCAUUCAGGAUUUGUAUUCCGGGAAGUUGCACCGCGAGUUUCACUACGGGCCCGAUUCUGAUAGUGAAACGGAGAAAAUUGGGCAGACAACUCCGCCGGAGAGUACUUUUAAGAAGUUGGCACCAUCGAAAAAUCGGUAUACUUUGUUGGGGAAGGACGAGUUGUAAGGGUGUGGGUGUGUUGUUUUGUGUUUUCUUUUUUUGGAAAAGUGGGAAAGAUUGUGGGUUUCCAUGAAAUGAGACUUUUUUAAGAACAAUUACCUCAACAGCUACUACUGCUUACCUUAGGAAAGUUAACCACAUUAUAUUAACGCAAAAAAUUACCAACAAAAGAAUGACUAGGAAACAAGCUUGCAAAAAAAUUGUCGCUGGGAACUUACAGCGUAAUAACUUAUUAAUUUUAUCACUGUGUAUAAAUUUACCUGAAAAGAACACAGAAAUCCUGUCAGCUGUAAGACAUUACAGGUGAUCGUAACAAACUUGCAGCCGGAAAAUAAUUACUUUUGCCUCGAAAAUCAGUGAAACCAGCACAAAAAAGUCUACAUCUGGCAUAUGAACCUCUUCCCGGACUACAAGGACAACGAGAAGCCCGUAAAACUGUACCCACCAAGCAAAUUUGGAAGCUAUGUUGAUGCAAGGUUGUAGCAAUUAUUGAAACUGACGUUCAGCAAUAUUGCAAGUGUAAAUUUGUAAAUGUAACGUUCCAGCAAUGUCACAGAGACAUGUAAUAUUGCUGCAACGUUACAUUACCAAACUUCACCUUUGCAAUAUUGCUGAACGUCUGUUUCAGUAAUUUCUUAAACAUUGCAUCAACAUAGCUUUCAACUUUGCUUAGUGGAUGGCAGUUCAUCCAGGCUUUGUAUUCCGGGAAGUUGCAUCGGGAGUUUCACUACGGGCCGAUUCUGAUAGUGAAACGGAGAAAAAUGGACAGACAGCUCCGCCGGAGAGUACUUUUUAGGAGUUAGCCUCGAAAAUUAGUGAAUCUAGCUCAAAAAAAAACUGACGUUCAGCAAUAUUGAAAAUGUGAGUUUGUAAAUGUAAUGUUCCAGCAAUGUCACAGUGAAUUGUAAUAUUGCUGCAACGUUACAUUACCAAACUUCACGUUUGCAAUAUUGCUGAACGUCCGUUUCAGUAAUUUGCUUGAACAUUGCAUCAACAUAGCUUUCAACUUUGCUUAGUGGGUGGCAGUUUAUCCAGGCUUUGUAUUCCGGGAAGUUGCACCGGGAGUUUCACUACGGGCCCGAUUCUGAUAGUGAAACGGAGAAAAAUGGACAGACAGCUCCGCCGGAGAGUACUUUUUAGGAGUUAGCCUCGAAAAUUAGUGAAUCUAGCUCAAAUAAAGUCUACAUCUGGCAUAUGAACCUCUUCCCGGAUUACAAGGACAUCGAGAGCCCGGAAAACUGUACCCACUAAGCAAAUUUGGAAGCUUUGUUUAUGCAAGGUUGCAGCAAUUAUUGGAACUGACGUUCAGCAAUAUUGCAAAUGUAAAUUUGUAAAUGUAACGUUCCAGCAAUGUCACAGUGACAUGUAAUAUUGCUGCAACGUUACAUUACCAAACUUCACCAUUGCAAUAUUGCUGAACCUCCGUUUCAGUAAAUUGCUUAAACAUUGCAUUAACAUAGCUUUCAACUUUGCUUAGUGGGUGGCAGUUCAUCCAGGCUUUGUAUUCCGGGAAGUUGCACCGGGAGUUUCACUACGGGCCCGAUUCUGAUAGUGAAACGGAGAAAAAUGGACAGACAACUCCGCCGGAGAGUACUUUUUAGGAGUUAGAGCUCCUCGAAAAAUCGGUAUACUUUGUUUUGUAACUGUUUUUUUUUUUUCAAAGGACUGUGUAUCCAUGAAAUGAGAAUUUUUUCUCACGUUUUGGCAGAAAUUACCUCGGAAAUAUAAUUUCCGUCAACUAGAAGAACAGAUUUACCACGAAAAUAUGACACAUUGCGGCGGCAUCGUUUGCCUCAGAAAUUGUUUCGUGGAGGAAUAAUUACCACGUGAAUUUACCACUGUGAAUAAAUUUACCACCAAAAAUCUAAUAAUUGUUGAAUAAUUGGUGUCAUUAUAAGCUUUAGACCCGAAUGACGAAAGAUAUUUCCGGUUUUCUCUCGGUUUUUUCCUAUAUUACCAUUAUUUUUUCGUGGUAAUUCUUUUCGCGGUAAUUUUUUCCUAUCAUGUUGGGAUAUAACGGGUUUGGAUAUAAGUUUAAAUUGUUUUCCUCCAGAGUCAAUAAACCUUGCAUCACAUUUUGAUUUCUUGUUAGUCUUUCUGAAAAUUCAGAGUAUCUCAUUUCAUGGAUCCCCACCUAGGAAAUGCGAGAUAUUAGCUUAUUCCUGAUUAUUUUAUAUUUGCUCUGAUAUUUUCAAUAAUCGCAGACCAUUUU